GUUUUUCAAAGCACCACACAGCAGCACUGCUGUAGUCGACGAAAAGACCCUCAGCUUAUCCACAUCCUUCGACAUCAAAGCACUAAAAACUGACCAAGAUGAGCCUCUUGAACAACGAGAUGCUGUUGGGGGUGUCAUCCCCCUUCAGCCAGCCGUGUUCGGUGGCUGAGGAAAGUCUGGGACUCCUAGAUGACUACCUGGAGGUGGCCGAGCUCAGUUCGCAUGGGUUCUCCAGCGACAAGGCUAAGGCAGUCUCCUCCAAUUGGCUCGCUGUGGACAGUUUAGGCAACACCAUAGAUAGCAGCCAGGAGGAUGCCUUCUCUGGCAUGGAGUGGAUGGUGGAGAAGAUGGAUCUGAAGGAAUUCGAUUUUGAUGCCCUGUUAGGUAUGGAACAUCUGGACGCCACCGUCUCACCAGACGAGCUGAUGGCCACGUUGGAAGACACGUGUGAUCUCCUAUUUAACCCUACCACCCAGGAAUUUCACUGCAAAGAACCUCCACUGAUCCCUGACCUAAUCACCAAUCUCCCUGAAUCUCCAAUUGGAGCAGAUCCAAUGGCCCCAUUGGCUUCCCUCUGGACUUUUCCCCUCUCCCCAGGGUCUCUUACUUCUACUCCAGACCAUUCAUUUAGUUUAGAACUAGGUAGUGAAGUGGAUGUUCUGGAAGGAGAAAGAAAACUGGAGGGCCCCACCUUUGUGGUAGUGAUCACUAAGUCUGAGAAGGAGGAGGAGAACCAUUCUGAUGAUAGUGGAAUAUGCAUGAGCCCAGACUCCUACCUGGGAACACCCCAACACAGUCCUACCAAUUCACUUGGAUCCCUCAAUGACAACCAGUUCCCUGCAGAUGCCAGCUGUGGCUCUGUGCGGUCCAAACCCUAUGAUCAUCCUGCUGAGAAGGUAGUGUCAGCAAAGAUGAAAGGAGAAAAGAAAAUAGAUAAGAAACUGAAAAAGAUGGAGCAGAAUAAGACAGCUGCCACACGUUACCGACAGAAGAAGAGGGCAGAACAGGAGGCGCUGUCUGGGGAGUGCAGAGACUUGGAGCAGAAGAAUCAGGCCCUGAAAGAGAAAGCAGAUUCCCUGAGUAAGGAAAUCCAGUACCUAAAAGAUCUGAUUGAAGAGGUCCGGAAGGCCAAGGUCAAAAGAGCUAGGGUCCCUGAGUAGGGUAGUCAGUAGUUUCUAUGUGCGUGUAUAUAAGCUUGCUGCUAAAGCUGUGUAUUGCUGUCUAAUAAAUUAUUUUAUAGUAAACUUGCAA